AUGCGAUUAUUCACCCCUGAAAUAGCCUGGCACGAGACUUUACCCGUAUACUCAUGUGACUUGCAGCUUUUUACUGGCUCCCGCGCAGCCGGUUCAUGCAAAGACACUGAAACCCAAGUGCGUUCUCCUUUGACGGAGUUGUCAAGUUUUGACUCUGGGGCCCAUUCCCAUGCAUCCACAGAUCGCGGGUGGACCAGGUUGGCCACUGCUGGUGGAGACAAUAUUGUUCGUCUGUGGCGAAUUCGUUUAGACUGGAUCACUUUGUCUGCUUCUCAAGUUGCCAGUUCGAUCGGAGCUACUGUCUCGAAGAAAAAUGUCGAUUGCGCAUCGUUAUCUCAGUUGACUCACCAUUUGGCGUAUUUGGCUUCGUUAAAGCGACAUGAGAAACCUGUAAACGUUGUCCGUUGGUCUCCAUCAGGAGAUUACUUGGCAUCUGCAGGCGAUGAUCUUUUUGUUAUCAUAUGGUCUUACCAAGGAUUAAGUGUAGCUGCUGCGGGUAGCACCGACAAAAAUGAACCAGAUGCCCAGUCCAAGGACGAUGAUGAGGACGACUUAAUCUCGCACGAACAUUGGGUUCCUUGUCGUAGCCUCCGGCGUCAUUUAGAGGACAUUUACGACCUUUGUUGGUCACCUGAUAACCAAACUCUAGUAUCCGGAUCGGUCGAUCACUCUGUGAUUGUGUGGCAACUGAACCUCGCUCCCGUUGUCAGGACUUCAUCCCCCACAAAAUCAGUUGGUGGUGAAGGAACUAUACCUUCGAUUGGUUCGUCCGCGGACGCUUCCGUGGACGGUCCUUCGGCACCACCUGUUGGACCUGGGAACACCAAGUGCCUGAUUAUCCGCGAUCACAAACAUUACGUCCAAGGGGUGGCUUGGGACCCUUUGGGUUUUUACAUGGCCAGCCUUAGUAGUGAUCGUGCGUGCCGCAUCUACCGAGCUGGCACUCGCAAUUGCCUGGCGCAUGUCUCCAAGGCGAAUAAACAACGUCUGUUUCAGGAUGAUUCAUGGAAAUCUUUCUUCCGGCGGCUUGCUUUCAGUCCUGAUGGACUACUACUUGUGUGCCCCUCGGGGAACUUGGAGCAAGCACCUUUCGCUGACACUGUGACGACAGUUGCAUCCUUAGCUUGCAACACGAGCGGACCUUCACCCCAUGCCAAUGCUCCGAGUGCUCAAUUCCCCGUAGUUACCCCGCAACACGCGGCUCACGUUUUUGUUCGAACCAACUUCGUCAAACCAGUCGUGAGCUUACCGACGGGGCCUCGACCCGUCGUUACAGUGCGAUUUUGUCCACAGCCUUUUCAGCUUCGCGUCUCGCCGUCGGCGAUGGAUCCCGAGUCUGCACGUCCUCACAGCCUGUUUGAUCUUCCAUACCGUUGGCUAUUCUGUCUGGUGCUCGAAGAUGGUCUUCUUUUUUAUGAUACGCAACAAACCGUUCCAUUCGCCCAAGUUUCGCAGACCCACUACCAAGCCUUGAAUGAUGCCACUUGGUCGGCCGAUGGACAUUUGGUCGUCACAUGUUCCACUGACGGUUAUUGUUCUCUUGUCCACUUCGCUCGUGGUGAACUUGGCGCAGUAUAUCGAGGACCCACUGGUUCUGAAGCCUUGAGAUGCUCAUCGGCACUACCCAAAAAACCAACAGACUUUGAGCCACCAGUAUCUGUCCGUACGGAUGAACAAUCUACCACAGCGAAAUCUGCACUCCUAAACGGAUUGCACAAUGUUACCAUCCAAGACAGCGGUGCCCAUAAUUGUGUCUCCAUUCAGCCUGUAUCGCAAACGGGAGAGGACGAGGUCCCUACAACUGGGUCAAUGAAGUCGGUCCCAGGGACCCCCAAGAAACGAAGAGUUCCCUUCACCACCCUGUCUACUGAAAGCGGUGCGCCUUUUCAUCUUCCCAAAUCACCUUCGGCAUCAGCUGUCUCGAGUACUGACUCCCGAAACACAAGUCGUUCUUCAGUUUCUGUUGGAGAGGUCGCUUCUGAGGCAGCGGCAACCAAGUCUCUGGAACGCAAGCGGCGCGUUUCCUUCGUAACUUUGGACUCUCAAUCAUCAGGUCCGUUUCCCGGAUUUCAGGCAAAUCAUCCUGUCAAAUCAGGACAGCCUGUUUCCCAAUCCAGAGAGCCCCCAACAAGUCAAUUAGACAUUCCGGCGGGGGACAAUUUACAAUCAAUCGAUGACUAGAUGAGCAUUUAUUCUUACCUGUCUUUUAUGAACCUGUUCUGUUAUUUUCCUACCUGAAAAUCUUUUUAAGCACACGGUUAUCCUCUAUAAAUUUGAAAGGUAUUUCCAUAAUCGUCAAAUGAAGU